AUGGGGGUGGACCUCAAGUGCUCAUUAAGUGCUCGCCACCACCAGUCCCCCAGCGGUCCCAGGAGAGACCCGGACCUCGCCGAGCCCCAUCCCCUCAGGAACCAGAGCUCAGGCCGAGCUGGAAGCGGUCUGCAGAGGACGUGGACUCCACCGACGCCGCGUCAGGAAGACACACAACCUGUGAUGCAAGGUGCAGCGACGUGCUUCUACGCCUUCAUCGGCUUCGACAUCAUCGCGACGACGGGGGAGGAGGCGAAGAACCCCAACACCUCCAUCCCGUACGCCAUUACCGCCUCGCUGGUCGCCUGCCUCACGGCGUACGUGUCGGUGAGCGUGGUCCUGACUCUCAUGGUCCCCUACGACCUCAUCGACGGCUCGGCUCCCCUCAUGGAGAUGUUCGCCGUGCACGGCUUCCUGUGGGGGAAGUACACCGUGGCCGUGGGCUCCGUGGCCGGACUCACGGUGUCCCUGCUGGGCUCUCUGUUCCCCAUGCCCAGGGUCAUCUACGCCAUGUCCCGGGACGGCCUGCUGUUCAGGUUCCUGUCUCACGUGUCUGCGUUCACACACACUCCCGCGGUGGCGUGCGUGGUGUCGGGCGGCCUCGCCGCCCUCCUGGCUCUCCUGGUGAGCCUGCGGGACCUGAUCGAGAUGAUGUCCAUCGGCACCCUGCUGGCCUACACUCUGGUCAGCGUGUGCGUGCUCCUGCUGCGCUACCAGCCAGACGAAGACACCGACGCGCACCAGUUCGUCUCCGGGGAGGACGAGGACGGCCUGAAGCACCAUCGUGACGACGGGGCGGCGCCCACCAAAGACGACCAGAUCCUGAUCGGAGGCCCAGACGCCGACGGAUCGGGGUCCUACGACGCAGGCGGGACGGAAGGAGAAGGCCAGGACUCUGAGUUCCACACGGGCCACGCCUCGUUGCUGAAAAGGCUUCUGGGGGGUCACUUCUACACCCUGCGGCUGCGGCUGGGACUGCCCGCCGCGUCGGCCCGGCCCACGCCGGCCACCGGCCGCACGGUGACCCGAUGCACCCUCCUCUUCUUCUUCACGUCCUUCUUCCUCUGGUCCACCGUCAUAUUCGGCGUGGAGCAGGGACACGGCGCCGGUGCGGUGUUCUCAGGCCUCAUGGCCACGCUGAUGGGGGGGUCCUUGGCCAAGCUUCUGAUCCUGAUUCUUCAGCAGCCGCAGAGCGUCAGGCAGCUGCCCUACAUGGCGCCCUGCGUGCCCUUUGUACCCGCGGCGGCCAUUUUGGUCAACAGCUACCUCAUGCUCAAACUGUCGUCACUCACCUGGGCCCGGUUCACCAUCUGGUGCUUCAUAGGUCUGCUGAUCUACGGUUGCUACGGCGUCUGGCACAGCACCCUGGAGCUGAACGCCCGGGAGCAGAAGGCGCACGCCAGCUCCUACCAGCGCUACGACGACCACCUGGACGACGACACCUGCUCCCCCGACGACAACGGUCGCCCAGGGCAACAGGAGGAGACACCCUACCAGGGCUGGUCUGCCCCGGAGGAGAGGGGACACGGCUACCAGGACGUCCAGGACGACGGCCGGGACGGGGAGCAGCAGCCGGGCCGAUGGGAGGACGACGGUGACCCGUCUGGAUACCCGUCUGGAUACCAGUCUGGAUACCAGUCUGGAUACCAGUCUGGAUACCAGUCUGGACCUGCAGGCCCGGCUGCGAGCAGAGGCAGGACCAAUCAAGGUUUUGAUGAAGAGGACGACUGAAACCAUCUUUAAGACUCAAAGUGCUGCUUACAUGAGACACUGAACCAAAUAUUCCCCGAGACACGCAAAUCACAC